AUGGCCCAAACUAUUGAAAAACCCUGCUCUGCUCUGCUCUGCUCUGUCCUGCUCAGUCCUCCUCUGCUCUGUCCUGCUCUGCUCAGUCCUGCUCUGCUCUGUCCUGCUCAGUCCUCCUCUGCUCUGUCCUGCUCUGCUCAGUCCUGCUCUGUCCUGCUCUGCUCAGUCCUCCUCUGCUCUGUCCUGCUCUGCUCUGUCCUGCUCAGUCCUCCUCUGCUCUGUCCUGCUCUGCUCAGUCCUGCUCUGUCCUGCUCUGUCCUCCUCUGUCCUGCUUUGUCCUGCUCUGCACUGCUCUCCUCUGUCCUGCUCAGUCCUGCUUUGCUCUGUCCUGCUCAGUCCUCCUCUGCUCUGUCCUGCUCUGCUCAGUCCUGCUCUGCUCUGUCCUGCUCUGCUCAGUCCUGCUCUGCUCUGUCCUGCUCUGCUCAGUCCUGCUCUGCUCAGUCCUGCUCUGUCCUGCUUUGUCCUGCUCUGCACUGCUCUCCUCUGUCAAUCUGA